AUGCCAGUCUUGCAAAAGAUCGAAACUACCUCAGCUAAUGGGUCAUUAUCUGAUGCUAUCAAACAUGGUAUUAUUGGUUGGCAGGUUACUAACAACAAGAUUCAAGAGAAACGUGUCCGUCGAGCCAUCAUAGCAACUCCUUCCAUAGGUCCUAUUCCAACAAGCAUGACUCGUCACCAUGGUAGUGAUGCCAUGACACACCAGGUACUCACCAUGUCAUCACCAAUUGUGCCAUCAACCCGAACUCACCAAAGAACCAAAACUAAACAUCCCGAUGCAACUUACCUCCAUCCAUCUACUUUUGAUCCAACAGAUGGUAGCAUGCCAAAGACAAAAACUUUGCCAGAUGGCAUGUACACCAUAACAACUGGUAGCAUAGAACCAACUAGAGUUGAUCCAGGAUUUGAGCCAUCAAGACCCACCCCACCAAUGACUAAGCUUCCUCAGCAGUGUAUGGAUCACAAGGAUGAUCGUCCCAUGGUUGACAAAGGUAUACCACCAGUUAAAGUGUUUGCUGGUCAGAUAAUGAAAUUCAAGGUGCCUCCAGACACUUUUAUGGAUUGUGAAGAUGGGAAGACUGAAAACCUUCGGCUUGACUUCUUUUUAGAAAAUUACAAGCCGAUUCCACCAAAUUCUUGGUUAAAAGCUGAAAAUAAGAAGCAGAUGGUAAUUGGUCUUCCCUUACUUAGUGAUGUUGGAAUCCAUAAUAUGUCUGUUGUUGCUGUAGAUUCGAGUGGCUCCAAAGAAGUCCUAGAUUUCUACUUCAAAGUUGUCAAUAAUCCAAAUAUGCCCAAGUCCAAGAUAUCCCACAAGAUAAACAUGGUCAUCGAUAUGGACUAUGAUGAAUUUAUGUCUGAAAUUGGGAAUCGACUUAAUGUGGUGAAAAAAAUAGCUCGGUUAUAUGGAGACAAGAACCUUUCCAAGAUCUCAGUUUUGGACAUCGGCCAAGGUUCAGUUGUUUUCUCCUGGACAAACAACACUAUUCUCGGUGAUGAGUGUCCUAAAAAAGAAACCAAGCAACUCCUCAUGAAACUGGUAGAUGCAGAUAAACAGGUGACGGAUAUGGCCAAGAAGGCCUUGAAACCGUACAAACUGCUCUCUGCCCAGAUCACACCAAUGGGUCCAUGCAGUGAUAAAUACGAUGCAAUUUUGGUUGGCUCCACCCCAGUCAUGCCAGUGUCUGAUAAGCCUGUUCACACACACAAAGGGGAUACAACAGAUGAUGAUGAUAUCCUUAUUUCUACAGUUGUUCCAGCUGUUAUAAUUGUAUCUAUUCUUUUGCUUGCUUUGCUUGUUGCUUGUAUUCUGUAUCGGAAGAAGCGUAAAGGCAAGAUGUCUCUUAGUGAACAAGAAGCGUAUGCUGGCAAAGGAGCACCAGUUAUCUUUGCUGAUGAACUUGAUGAAAAACCAACUGACUGCUCCCGGCCACUGAUUCUAGACGAGGAGAAGCCACCACACCCGCCACCUGAAUAUCAGCCAUCAUCUAGCGACAGUGCUCAGUCAACUCCACAUCAGGACCGAAGAGGGGACAAUGACACUAAUAUGCCUGAUAGUACCUCCCCUCUUUAUGAGCCACCUCCUCCUGUCACUACCUCUCGAGGGAACAAGCAGCCACGUCCCCAUGUACAGCCUCCUUAUAGAACCCCACCACCCUAUGUGCCCCCAUAA